AUGCCGAGCACGCGCCGCGCCUCCAAGUCGCCCGCUCCCCCCGUCCGGCGCUCAUCUCGCCAGUCGACGCCCACCCGCGACAUCGCCUCGCCGCCGCCGUCGACGCGCACGACGCGCUCCUCUGCCGUCGGACUGCCAGCUUCUGCUUCGACCCCGUCCCUCUCCGCUCUCGUCCCGCCGCACGACGACAGCACGCCCACGUCACCGGGUCGAGGGAUGCGCAAGUCGGCUUCGACGCGCGCGCUGUCUCCGCGUGUUGCGGCAAGGGUGUCGCGCCCGCCGCUGCCGACGCACGCGGCCAACACGCUGUUUCCGAAGGAGAAGGAGGGGAAGGGCGGAAAGGCGGUCAAGACGCACAAGGUCAAGACGCAGACGCUGCACCUUGGUGAGGAGGGCGGAACGAUCAUGAUUGCCAGGGUCAAGUGCCCCGUCCCGAAGAACGUGCCAGGCCACCUCAUCAAGCGCUUCGAUACGAACGCCGUCUCUGCCUCGUCCCUCUUCCGUGCCGCUUUCCCCACCGCGACCGAGGAGGAAGAGAAGCUCGAGAUGCGCUGGAUUGCGGUCGGCUCGCGAGGACAGUACGGAGACACGGUCAAGGCAGGCAUGGAGCACGACGAGUCGAAGAAGCUGAGCGGAACGUGGAUUCCCGCCGCGCAUGCGCACGCUCUCGCUACCGAGUACGGCAUCGCACGUUACGCCGUGGACCUCAUCGAUUACGUCGAGGACGGCGAGCCUUCGAACCAGCCCGACACGCCCGAAGGCAGCUUUGACGACUCCCCCGCCGCUCGCUCUCCUCGCGCCAAGCGGGCACGCGUUUCCUCGCCUCUCGCAGGGAAGAGCGGUUCAUCCGGCGCACAAGCUCUUUCUGGCGCAACUGGACCGGGCGUCUCUAUCCUGCAGACCCUCUCGACUGACGCCGAGACGGGCGACAUCACCGAGACGACCGAGGUCAAGCUCGACGUGCCGGCGGGCGACGACGUCCCGCAGUUCGACGCCUCGGCCGAGCACCAGCUGAAGGAGGCGCAGAAGCUCGUCAAGGACCUGGCGAAGAACCACGUCCUCGCCGACCUCGCCGACGGGACACACAUCCCCGAACCGCACGCUUCGACCUCGACUUCGUCGAAGAAGCGCGCGCACGAGGUGGACGAAGACGACGAGCCGUUGCCAGAGCAUGGCACGCUCGCCGAUGCGCUCGGCAUGGUGGACAACCGCUCAUUCUUUGCCAAGCUGUUCAGGCGCAACCCGAAGAAGCGCAGGACGCCGGUCCAGGGCGGACGCGAGACGAGGGCGUUGCCGGCGCCGAGGGCUUCGGCGAGUGCAGACGUCCCGCAGGUCGUCAUCCGGGAAGAGGACAACCUCGAGGAGGGCAGGAGGUGGGUUGCGGGACUCGGACUCGCCGUCGCGGUUGGUGCGACCGCAGCAGCGCCCUACCUUUUCGGUUGA